AUGGAUGAAUUCGAGGAUGAUUUAUUAGCAAGUUUUAAACUAAAUGAACUAAAAGCAACAAUUGAAGAGGUACGAAAUAAAAUAUUAUAAUUUGGAAAAAUUAUUUCAGAACUCCGCAUGCCAAAAAAAAUUAUUUUUUUUAGAUUUGGAUGAUCAGUCCUCCAUCUACCAAUUAAUUUUGGCAAUUAAAAUGCUUAUAAAAAAACUUGAUAAUAAAAUAUCAAAAAAUGAAAUCGAUUUAUAUGAAGAAGCCUUUAAAUUUGAAAAUUUACCAGAAAAAGAUGUAAUAGGAGUGAAGCCGCCAAGUAUUUUUACAUUGAGAAAUACAGAAAAGGCACAAUUAAUAGAAAAAAAUCCAGAAGUAAGCACAAGUAGAGAAUGAGAUAGAAUUAAAGAAAAAGGAGAAAGCUUAAGAAAAAGAAUGGACAAAGCAAAACAUAAUGAUGAUUUUACCAAAAUUUUUGAGCUUGAAGAGGAUGCAAUACCUGAGUAUGACAAAGAUAUUAGUUUUACAGAUGAAAUUGAUUUUUCUGAUACAGUUAAAUUAGCGGAAUCUGAAAAAACUAUUGAUGAGCCUACUACUUUAACUUCAAAUUCCCCUGAAAAGUUUAUCACAUUAUCUCCAAAAGAUGAAAUCCCAACGUUUCAGUUGUAUCUCUUAAUAGAAAGAGCAAGCAAACUAUUAAGAGCUGAUGGGUCAUGCCCUGAUCUUUUUAUUAGUUACAAAAUUUUUUUGAACAAAGAUAAAUUUCAAACCCAAAUUUUCUGAAAUUACUCACUCCUCAAUUAAAAAAAAUAAUCGGUAUAUAAGAGCAUUUUAAAAUUAAUGUAUUAUUUGUGUUUGUUUAAAAAAAAACUUAUACUCUUAAGUUAUUAUUUAGUAGCUCCUGCAGUCAUGCUACUUUUCAGGUCCCUUGCUUCGCUCCACCCUCUUGAUUGCCAGUUCGAUUCCAUGUCCUAAAGCCAUGUGCUGCACUUCAGGAUGAGGGCUUGCACUCACAGCCCAGACGCUGGGCGCCGUGUCAUAUGUCAAUGGGGCUGCCCUUUUAGAAAUUCAAAAGUGAGUUUUCUGGCCAGGAUAUCGGCCAGACUGAAAGUUAUAACCCAGAGCGCUACUCCUAGUAUCGCAUUGUGAAAUUGCUCGACUGACAAAGCUAAUGCCCUCUGGCCUUAUUGUUUAUCCUUUUCCAAGUUCCAUCUUCCCUCAAGGUAAAUCUUCUCUGAAUAAGCUUGCGGUGUAUCAGCACAGCAUUGCGCUUUAUCAAUCCAAGUAAAAUCCGGCUGAGAACGCUCACCACACGCCCUUCCACAAGGUCCCAGGCUCCAUCUGGCUAAAGGCAUUAUGAGGGCAGGUUGGCUUGCCUCACCAUCUCUGUGUGUAUGUUAAAGAAAAUUCUUGUACUAAAAAUAAUUUUAUUAAUUGUUGAAAUUACAAAAUUUCAUUAUUGAACAGAAAGUUAGAAAAUACUCCGAUUAACUAUAAAAUGCUUUUUCCUCUAGUAGUUAAUGAUGAAUCACUUUCAAAACUAUACUCAGGGAUUAUUCCUCUAGAAAUUUGAGACAAAACUGAUUCUCAAGACAGUUUGCUUGGACUAGUUAAACUUCCGUUAAGCUUAUUUGGAACAGCACUCAGUGCAAACUUAGAAACAUUCACAAAAACUGUGUAUCCAUUUAUUGCUAUAGAUGAAUAUAAGCCUAUAAAUAGCCUAAAAACUGGGAAAGAUAUAGGCUAUCUUAAAGUCUUAUUAGCAGUUGGGACACCUUCUCAAAUAAAUAGGCUUGACUUAACACAGAGUAUUGAUAAAAAAUUUGAGGAUUCUCCAAGAAAAACUGCCACUUUUAAAGAGCUAAAUUAUGAUAAAAAAAUAGAAAAAGUCGAAAAAAUAGAAAAAAUAGAAAAAGUCGAGAAAAUAGAAAAAAUUGAAAAUAGCGCCAUUGACAGCAUUGAUGAUAUUGCAUUAUUUUUAAAUCAAGGAAGCUUGAAAAAUACUCUAAAUGAUAGUAAUGGUAUGAAAGAUUGUAAAAUGAUAGAUGAUGUGAGUUUUUAUGGAGGAAGUGAAAAUAAAAAGACUGAAUUAACAAAAAAUUAUGAAGUAAAAGAGAGCUUUGAAGAAAUUACAUUAAAAAAAGAUGAAAUUAGACUAUAUGAGCGCCAAUUUGAUGAUUUUCAAGAAAAGCCACCUAAUAUUAAGCAGGAAUCCACAAAAACAAAUAAAAUUCAAGACAUGAAAAUUAUAAAACAGCCUCAAAUCUCUAUAAACUUGCAGAAAAAAUCAAAAAAUGAAUUAAUUCAAAACUUAAAAAAUGCAUUGAAAAUUUCUCAUAUAAACUUAGAAGAAGAACUAAAAAUAGCCGACAAAUAUAAUUUAGGAUUCCUUCAUACCCUAAGCUUUGUCAAUUUUUUCGAAAAACUACAGCUAGAAAUUCCUUCUGAAGAGAUCCAAGAUUUUCUUACUUUAGUUGUUAAAGAAAAUCCUUUAACAUCAACCCAUAGAAGAGUUUUAUUUACAGACCUUUAUAAAAUCCUUGAUAUAGUCCCAGAGCCAGUCAAAAUACAGAACAGUUUAAAUAUAAAAAUACAGAAUAUGCCUCAACAAUCACGCCCGUCCCCCUAUAAAAAAGUUUUUGUGAAGUAUGAAAAGGUAAUUGAGCCUGAUUUAACUGAUGAAAAUUUGGUAAAAAUUAAUAAUUUACCAAGCCAAUUAAGUGUAUUGCCUAAUAAUACUAUUCUUGAAAAGAGUGCUAUAGUAGAACCAAUUAAAGAAAUAAAUAAGCCAAUCGAGAAAAAAGUUGAAAAUAAAAUUGAGGAAAAAUCAAAGGAAAUUGAGAAGAGUCUGGAAGAAGAAGAUUUUGACAAAAUUUAUCUAACUAACUAACUAAUUAAUUAUAACGUUUAACGUCCACUACGGGGUAGACUAUCCCAGACCCGCCACUUGCCUUUCGCCGCAUCGGGCCCACGAGUUGCUGGGCCAACCCGUCUCGAUCACUAAGGUGCGCCUAGGGCAAAUGUCACCGGCUUCGACGGCCCAUGAGUGAGCUACUGCAUCUGGACAUGGGUUGCCUUUCCGAAAAUCCAAAAAAAUGGAUUUUCUGGUCGGCUCUCAGCAAAAAGGAAAAACACGCAGCCUGGGACAUAACGCCCAGUUUCACGCUAGGGAGUUGCCCGAUUGGUCCUUAGGACUCUGCUGGGCUUCCCCUUUCCAACUGUCAUGCCUUCCUUCCCCACGAGGAAAAAAAACCAACCCUGAGAAUAGACUAGGGCUAGGCUCUUAACACAACCAGAAUUGCUUACCUAGCAUUGCUGUCCCUCUCUGAGCUGGCAAAACCUUGCCGGAUAUAAUUAAAUAUGAGUCGAGGCUGCAUGGCCGGGAGGCCAUGCCCAGACGAAGACGCCAUAUUUAAUUAUUGACAAAAUUUAUCAAAAACACUUGGAAAAUAUGAGGACUCUUGAAAGUUUGACUCAAAAUUUUGGGUCUUGGAGGCAUGAAAAAAGUGAUUCUUCUCCUGCAAAACCAGCACUUGCAGCGAAUUAUAGGACAAAUUCUUUAAAAGAUGAGCUUCUAUUUUUUUCAAAGCCAAUAGAAAAUACUCAAGAAAAUUCAAGCUUAAAACAAUUUGAAACUCGAAGUCAUGAGCGUAAAGCAACUGAUUUAUCUCCGUAUUAUAGUUCUUCAAUAAAUAAUUCUGAAAAAGAAGAAUAUAAAAGCAUUUCUUCCUUAAAAUCAACUAUAUCUUCAGCAGAUACUUCUAAAAUAAACCUAUAUGAAAUUCCUAUUAUACCUACAUCAAUUUAUCCUAGUUCGGCUGAAAGAGAUUUUUAUAACGAAAAAGACUCAUUUUCGUCUAAUCUUGAAAAAUCAGGGAAAAUUCCGUCACCAAAACUGGUAAAAGUUGAAGAAAAUAACCUGAAAAAUAAUAGUUUGUCUACAGAAUUAGGCUUAGACUUAAUAAUUAAACUUCUGUUAAUAAUUCUGAUCAGUAUACCGAUCAGAACGAUCGAGUUACCCUAUGAUGUCUCAGCUAUAUAUUUAUGGACUUGCUGUAAGGUUUAAAUCCUCCAGGUUCCAGAGUCCUGCUCUCCGAUUGUUACUUGCAGCACGUGCACGGCCCGUGCCAUUAGAGUACCUAGUUUAGGACUUUCUCGCCGCUUGCUCCAUUUUAGUCUUCACUGAUUUUGCUUCAGCUGCUUUGUCUUAACGCUCAGCAGGACACCUAUGGCCAGGUACUGCGGCAGUCAAAAACCCUUUUUAGGGCUGCAGAAUUAGGAAAUAUUUCACAAUCUCUCGAUAAUCCGCUAAUUCAAGGCUAUGAGAAGUUUAAGCUUGAGUCCUUUCAAUACCCAUCAACUGAAAAUAUCCCAAAAAAUCAAUUUGAACUUCCUAAUUAUUUAAAUUCCCACUGUCCAUCAGCAAAUGGCACAUUUGAAUACUCCUCAGCAGAAAAUUUUCAAGAAAAGGAAUUCGAAAUUCCACACUAUUUAUCAUCAGAUUAUCCAGACGAAGCCACAAAAGAAGCAUUUGAAUACCUCUCAGCUAAAAAUUUUCAAGAAAAUCAAUUCGGAAUUACACCAGACUACCAAUAUCCAACAGCCGAUAUUACUUAUAUAGAAACUCCAGCAAUCGAAAAAAUAGGAAAUCACCAAAAAUCAAGCUCCAAUAAUUUUGGGAUUUCUGAGGACCCUGGAUUAUAUAACAAUUACAAGUCUCAGUCUUUUGUUGAAGAAAGCUUACCUGCAAACACAAAUAGCCAAUUUUUAUAUAAAUUAAAUUAUGAAAAGGGCGAGGAAGAAUACAGCCCAUCUUGCUUAUAUAAAAAUUAUCAAGAUUUUAAAAAUACAGACCAAAAUUUCUCAGCUGAAAUUAAUGAAAAUCCAAUAAAGCUGCCAGAAUUUGUGCCUGAUUUUUUACAAAAAAAUUCGUCUGAAAAAGAAACUUUUGAAGACUGGAAAAGUGAUUAUAAAAAUGAGGUAUUAAACCAAACUUAUAGUGAAGGGGUUAGUAUAGAAACUGAAGGAGACAGUAAUUUUUAUGAUUAUAAAGACAAGAAUAAUUCUUUUACAAUGGCUCAUAAUCGGAAUAUCAGCACUGACGAGAAAAAAAUAUAUAAAGAGGCAGAGAAGUCUAUAAGUCAACAAAUUAGCUCUUCAAGAACUUCGAAGCCUCCAAGACCAAGAAACUUGCUUUUGGACCCUGAAAUCAGCCGAAUCGCUGCAAUAAUGAAAGGGUCAAAAUAUUAA